AUGGCCCUUUGGGCUACGAUAGCAGGGUUUUUCGUCCAAUUUGAUGACACGAAUAACUUUUUCAACUGUACGCUUGUGGAAUUCAAUUUCACCACACAUCAAGACAUGGUCCAUAGAACCACUCAAGGACAAUACUUUGCAGUGAGCGACUCAGAGUUUUACAUCAGUCAUUCAAGGGGAGCACUUCAGGACAUGUUUCCAAUAACUAGCGUCAUUUUCUACAAGGACGAGAACUUGACCAUCUCAUCAGGUUGGGCUUGGUACAGUUUCGACGACAUUGUCAAGGGCUUAUCCAACCGUACGGCAGACGAAAAAGAAGAUGUCAAGAGAGGAAUUGUCAUCAGAAGACGCAAUCUCUGGCCGACCGUCCGUGACGGAUCUAGAGACUUCAUUCACAAGACUUUCCAUUCCGCAAUCGACUUAAUAGUUGACGGUGUUCGAUUCAUUGGAACCGUGGCGUACAAGGUGCUUCUGAAAGCGUACUUGAUCGAGUUUCUGGAAGGCACAACGGUCAAGUUCGAUGCAGACGGCGCUGUGGUCAGGGUGACGCCGUGUUCCGCUGGGAAUGUUUGUGAAUACACAGACGAGGGACUACAAGCAGCCUUCGAGUCCGCCCAAAAGCGGAAUGAGAGCCUUGUUCGAAGCUCAUUCAUCAAGGACGACGGAAAAGAGCGUUUUUGUGUGAGAUUCGCCACCCUGGAGGAGAGCUUGUUGCCGUGUCCGGAGAACUGGUGCGUUAAUGGUUGGAGAACAGUCGAGGAGAACUCCAAAGACGAGCUCUAG